AUGUCCCGACCCUCUACUCCGGGAGGCUUCAAUCUCCGCCGGCCACCACUGCCGCGGACAGCCUCGGGGUCGCGCGCUUCCACCCCACAGGUGCAGAAGUCGACCGUCAUCUCGCUAGAGGACUGGGAGUCCAAGGCACCUCUGACCGAUGAGCAGGUCAGCAGCAUUGCAGCUGUCAGAGAUCAGUUUGGGGAACGGCCGCUUCCUGACAAGUCUCGACCAAACACCCCAGCGUUAGCGAGCAUCAGACGGUUCAACCGGACACACUCCCGGACACCGUCCGCUUCGGCUGCUCCGUCAGCCCCGGGCACUCCGGUUGCCGGAACUUCUGCGUCAGCGCCGUCUGAUCCGCUUCACCCGACGUCGAUCGCAACAUUACAGCAGUUCCAUGACCACUUCGCGGCGUUGUCGCUGUCGGCGGAACAUGAGCAGGACAGCUUGUGCCGAGAACAUCUGGCUGAGAUCUCGGGACUGCGAGAGAAGUGUGACGGUCUCAUCCAGCUGCUGAAGGACGGCGAAACGGAAGUCGGAGACAUGUUGAACGCCUUGGGAUACGUCGAGGAACGGAGCGAGAGCUUGCGAGGGGCUUGCGAGGAUCUCCUUGAGGAACAGCGUGACUUCAAGGAUGCCGAGGUGUACCUGAUGCGGUACCAGCAGUGCAUGACGCGGAGUAUGACGCUCAUUCGACUGCACUUCGUGUCGACGGUGAAGGGGCUGGGUCAGGAAGUCGGACGAAGAAUGACCGACAAGUCACUAUCGGAAACGACGACGCAAGGUCUGCUAUACGCACGCUUUGCUGCACUUGCGCCGACGCUGCGGCCAUUGGUUGCGGAGCUCGAGCAGCGCAUCUCAUCGAGCAAGAAUGAGCUCACCCAGAUCCUCGCUGAUUGCCACAACGCAUGGGUGUCCACGCGACAGGCUCUGCUUGGCCCGAAGGUGUACGAAGAAGUCGGCCUAAUGAACCCGGGAGCAAGCGACCUCGUCGAGCUCACGAGCGCGGGUUGCAGCUACUUGAAGCAGACGUGUCUGGACGAGUUCAACCUGUUCAAGCAGAUCUUCCUGUCCGGCGAGACACAGCUCUAUGCGUACCUUGAGAGCCUGUGCGACAACCUGUACGACCAUAUCCGGCCGCGGAUCCUGUACGAGCCGUCCCUCACCGUGCUGCAGCAGGUCUGCACUGUGCUUCAGGCGUUGAUGGUGCCGGACGCGGACGAGGAGGAAGACGACGAGUUCACGCCGGGAGAGGACGUUUUCUCGCCGCCAACCGAGGAGUACUUUGGUACCAGCGGGCCGUUCAGCCCCCGCCCGAACAGCCUGCAGCGGAUGAGCUCACGCAUGUCGAGCAACUCGGGUGUAUCUAGCGCUACGCUGACGCGGCGGAAGCGCCGUCCGCUCGCGCGCCUGCACACCGAGGUGCUCCUGAACAUGGUGCUGCAGGAUGCCCAGGCGCGACUCGUGUUCCGCGCCCAAGCCCUCGUUCAGGCUGAGGUGGCGUACUACUCGCCUAAGCCCGCCGACCUGGAGUGGCCCGAGAAGCUGUCGGGGGUCAAGGCUGGUGAGCCGCUCGUGCAGCGCGCGCAGAGGGACGAGGAUGACGAUGACCCGCUCUUCAUGCACUUGCCUCCGGCCGAGGCGCAGGAGACGUGGUACCCGGCACUGCGGGUGACGCUCUCAGUUCUAGCAUGCCUGUACAGCUACAUCGACUCAUCUGUCUUUGUCAAUGUCGCGCAGGACACGGUGGUCGCGUGCCGUCGCUCCCUCUCUACCGCGUCCGAGCAGAUCGGCGCCAAGUCGCCCGCCGACGGGCAACUGUUCCUCGUGCGCCAGCUCCUGAUUUUGAAGGAGAUGACGGCCGGACUCGACUUUGGCCGCGCCUCCCGCGAGAGGCAGUGGGCAGGCAUGGGCGACUUCCUGCGCAGCCUGCUUGAGAAUGCUACGAGUAUUCUCGGAUACGGAGGUCGAGCCCCGCGCGUUGAGCCAGAUGCCAAGGCCGACCUUGAUGCGGCGCUGAAGGCUGCGUGCGAGGUUCUGAUCUCCCAGGCCAUUGCCUCUUCCACAGCCUCCCUGACACAAUUUAUCGAGAAGGCGGAAACAUUCCUUGCCACGCAUGCUGAGAAGGCGGACCUGAGCCAGGAGGAGUGGGCCACGCCUGCUGCCGUCGAGCAGCUCACAGAGGAGUUUAGGAGGACCACCCUCGAGGAUCUCGAAAAGUGGAAGAGCCAGCUGCGCCUGUACCUCCAGGACGAGGAGACGGUGCGCGUGCUCCUUCCCCCAGCACAGGCUGGGAUUGUCGAGUCGUACGCGCAGUUCCACGACCUGAUUCGGCGGCAUUACGACUUCAGCACGGCAUCGCGCCUCCCCACGCCGUCGGCUGUUGCCGCUCAGCUGAGGGGCGAAUAA